AAAACGUGCUGCCUGUUUACUUCUGAGAACAUACACACAACGCCCAGCUAACGGGAGGCAGUAAAUCAAACACAUCUUACUUACGAAAGGGACGGAGGAGACAAGUUCACAACAAACAACAGCUGGUGAAUGCUGGCUACGCAAAAGUGCGCAGUUGAUAAGAGAGUGUAACAACAAGAGUCGUAGAAUGUCAACGAGAUUGUAGGUUUGUGGUUAGAAAGGUUAAGAAAGUGUGUCAUCUAAACAUCGAAUAACGGGAAGUUUCUGCUGAAUGUACUGGAAGGUUGAGGGUUCAGGAAGUAGCGGAACUGUGAGCUCGCAAAUCUGUCAAUGUCAAUGUCGUAACCUGCUGUCCAAGAAGAAGACACUAUACAGUUCUGUGCGUAUCGGGUUCAACCUGUUGACCACUCUUCGAGGUGGUCUUCAAAAGAAGGCAUUUACGAAGUUCAGUCACGGAGGCGUCGUAGAACCACAACAAGGAGAGUAGAGUGUCGGGCGCGUCUCUCGCUGCGCUAUUCCGUCUGCGAUUUGGCGAUAAACAUCGCGAUCGGGCACAAACAAAGAAGACGCACAUGGAGACUUGCGGGCUCUCGCGCUGGACGUUCGGACGGAAAAAGUCAGGAAGCCUCGGUCAGUACAGCUGAGCGGCUCAACCAGUCCGGACGUCGUGUCGUAGCGCGCGGUCAAGCUGCCAAAGAAGAAAGCAAAGGCUUGUGAGUCACUUUUUUGCCUUGUAGAAUAUACACGAGGAACGCGGUAGGGGACAAAGCAGAGCAGAAGUGAAGUCGCGAAGCAAUUACGGUGCAAUUAUUCUCGCGGUAGUGAGAGGAAGGCUAGUCGUUACCCGAAGAGUUCUGACGAACGAAACGUGCUCAACGUGUGUGUUUAUCUCAACAACUCAAGGCGUCAAGGAGUUGGAACGAAACUCGCAACAACAACCUGCUGUGCUGACAAGUGGAGCAAAUCUGCACAACCUUCUAGAAGAACGCCCACCGCCUCGCAUCGCCGCCUAGAAUCCUAAUCGUGGAUGAUAGCUAAGGCGGCUGCCGGUCAAGUCCGGUUCGGCACCACCAGCAUCAACGCCCAGAACAGAUGACGAAACGAACGAACCGGACCUGGGUCGCCGUAACCUGGUUGGCGAUCCUGCUGUUGGCAGAUGGCGCCACCACGACGGUAGAGGCGGCCUACCGACUUGGGGUAGGCCGGGCAGACUGCACGGGACCCCCGGUGGAGAUUGGCUUCAUGGGCUACGCCGAGUUCUCCCAGCGUGGCCACGGCAUCCACCUGCGCCAGUUCUCGCGGGCCUUCAUCGCGGAGGACGAGCUGGGCGAACGGGUCGUGUUUGUGAGCGCCGAUGCCGGCAUGAUGGGCCACGCCGUCAAGCGGGACGUGAUCGACCUGCUGCAGCAAAAGUACGGCGACGUGUACCGGAUGGAGAACGUGGUCCUGAGUGGAACCCACAGCCAUAGCGUCCCGUCGGGGUUUCUGAUGUCGUUUCUGUACGACAUUGCCUCGCUGGGCUUCGUGCCGCAGAACUUCAACGCACUGGUUGAGGGGAUCACGUUGAGCAUUGUUCGGGCGCACGAGAGUAUGCGGGAGGGACGGUUGUUCGUGUCGGAGACUGAGGUGCAGGAAGCGAGCAUCAACAGGAGUCCGAGCGCGUACGAGAACAACCCGAAGAAGGAGCGGGCCCAGUACCGGGACUACACGGACAAGAAGUUGGUACAGCUGCGCUUUGUGGACGCAGCGGAUGGUAGGAUUAUGGGAGCGAUCAACUGGUUCGCUGUUCAUCCGACGUCGAUGAACAAAACGAACUGCUACCUGUCGAGUGACAACGUGGGCUACGCCUCGUUGCUGCUGGAGCAGGAGAUGAAUCCGGGAAGUCUUCCAGGGAGGGGGGAGUUUGUGGGGGCGGUCGCCUCUUCCAACUUGGGUGACGUAUCGCCCAACGUGAUGGGACCCAAGUGCGAGAAGACGGGACUGCCGUGCGAUCUGCUGACUUCGUCGUGUCCCAGCGGAGCGGGGCUGUGCAUAGCUUCCGGGCCUGGACGGGACAUGUUCGACAGUGCCAAGCUGAUUGGUGGGAGGAUCUUCGCGGCGGCUAAGAAAUUGCUGAACUCGCCGGAAGGUCGCGAGUUACGGGGUCACGUAUCGUACGCUCACCAAUUCGUGGACAUGACGCAGGCCGUCGUGCCGUACCACAACCUUACGACCGACGAGUGGCACGAAGUUCGCGGCUGCUACCCAGCCAUGGGGUACAGCUUCGCGGCAGGAACAACGGACGGACCAGGGGCGUUUGACUUCCGUCAAGCUAUGCUGACCGAUACGACCUUCUGGAAUACGGCGCGGGACUUUAUAGCGGUACCAACGGAGGAUGAUAAGGCGUGCCAUGCGCCCAAACCGAUCCUGCUGGCCACCGGUCGUACGACGUUCUCGUACGAGGCGCAGCCGAAGAUAGUUCCAGUGCAGGUUUUGGUCCUCGGAGACCUGGCGAUCGCGGCUGUUCCAGCCGAGUUCACGACCAUGUCCGGCCGACGGCUCAGGAAAGCCAUCGAAGACGCUUCGAUGGAAGCCGGUGGGAAGAAGGUACAGGUGGUGAUCGCUGGACUGUCCAACAUGUACACCAGCUACGUGGCCACCCCGGAAGAGUACGCCAUCCAGCGGUACGAGGGAGCGUCAACGCUGUACGGACCUCACACGCUGACGAUCUACCUGCACCACUUCAGCGCGCUGAUGAAGGCGAUCAUUGACGGAGUCAAGGUCGAGGAAGGCCCCUCACCCCCCUUUGAAGACUACAAGCAAAUCACGCUCUCAACGGGGGUCGUGUUCGAUGGGCACCCCUUCCGGAUGUACUUUGGCGAUGUCCAGGAUCAACCGCAGGAGACCUACCACAAGGGAGAUCUCGUCCGAGCUUCCUUCGUCGCUGGCAACCCACGGAACAACCUCAUGCACGAGAAGACGUACUUCACGGUGGAGAAGCUAGUCGCACCAGACAGCUGGAAGGUCGUGGCCACGGACGCCAACUGGGAAACGCGGUUCCGCUGGAUCCGGAAGUCGACGCUGUUCGCGUACAGCGACAUCGAGUUCGACUGGCAAACCGACGAGCAGACUGAACAGGGCACGUACAGGAUACAGCAUUUCGGUUAUUGGCGGUAUAUUUUAGGCGGGACGUACCCGUACAAUGGUACUACAAGGAAUUUUAGCAUUUUGUAAGCAUUUAUUUUUAAGAAAA